AUGGAGGACCGCUCGGGAUCAGUUACCAUGGAGAUUUUAUUGCGAAACCACUUGUCAAUUGGUGAUAUUCCAGCGGCUGAGUUGAUUACGGUGGCUGCGUGGUAUAUUUGGUGGCAACGUCGCCAGUUUGCAAAGGGGCAAACGAUUUCAGAUGCACACCAUUCAGUUAUUUCAAUUAAGGUCCUAGCUACGAACUAUGUACGAGCAGCAACACCCAACCAACCAGUUAGAAAGAGAGAUCAAAUGUGGAAGAAACCAACCAAGGGGAAGGUGAAGAUCAAUGUGGACGCCUCUUCUCACGAGGAUAUUCUCUCAGGGGCGACGGGUGCUAUUGCAAGGGAUGAUAGUGGCCAGUUCUUGGCUGCUGCAUCAUGGUUUCUUCCACAUAUUAACAGUGUUGUUUCAGCAGAGAUUUUUGCUAUACGGAAUGGUUUAUACUUAGCUGCCCAUAUUGGAUGCUCCAAGGUGAUUGUGGAGUCUGAUAGCCAAUUGGCGCUAAAAGCGGUGGAAAAAUUUGAAAGUUAUUUAGGCCAGGAAGCAGCGAUUGUCAUGGAGUGCAAUGAAUUGAAGGCAAACUAUGCUUCUGUUUCUUUCGACAACUGCACAUGUGAAGCAAACGCCAUAGCAGAUUGUCUGGCUAAAUCCAGUUUUAAUUCAAAGUCUUGUUCUAUGUGGGAUGCUACCCCUUCUGAUUUUAUUUCUCAACUCAUUGUAACAGACUUGGCUAUUAUCUGA